AUGCCGGCCUACGCCGGAAGAGCUAACCCCAACGCCCCCGCAAGGAAGGGCCACAACCAGGAAAGGAGACCAGCGCGCACAAUUGCGCAUGCGCGGCCCUCCAAAACCCAGACUGAGCCCACCACCGGAGAGCGCACGCGCGUUGCAGCUCGGGGUUUUCGCCUGGGGCGUGGACGUAAACGGGUCCCGCACGUGCGCGCGCGCAGGAAGCUGCUGGAGAUCGAGAGCCUGCUGGACGCCGUCACGAGCGAGGUGGAGGCCUCGGAGGAGCGCGCCCUGGAGCCCGGCCGGAGCCCGGGCGCCGAGGCGGAGCAGAGGGUGAGGAAGCUGUGCGAGAAGGUGGAGAAGAAGGCCGCGGAGGCCGCGCUGAUGGGGCAGCGGAUCGUGGAGCUCCACCGGCAGAUCGACGGCUGCGAGUGCCGCUGA